AUGUCCGUCUCUGAAAACCAGAACUAUGAAACCAUGGGUAAUACGAGGAGGAGACCUACGUCUGGUGUGACUGCAUGCAGCUGCAUCUCCAGAGGCAGCGGAGAUAUUCCUAUCGUUGAUGGCGAGUUUGAACGUUUCCUAGCAUCUGGUUCUGCUAUUGUAAAUGAAAAGCCGCAGCUCAGAACUAGUCUUUUGCAAAAUGAACAUUCACAGCCAAAAAACAGUGGACAACUUGCAGGCGAUCAGUGUACAGCACCAUUCUCCAGAGUUGGGGACACCUGCCUCCUGCUGGCUGUGUCUGACAAGCUGACUUGGGCCGCUGCUCGACAGUUCUGUGCUGCCAGAGGGGCUGAUCUUGUUGUGUUCCGCGACGCCAACGCCUACGCUGACGCUCUCGGCUACAUCAACUUAGUCAAUAAAGAAAAUGCAGCAGUUGGCGUGUGGGUGGGAGGGACGGACGAGGCUGUGGAGGGCGUGUGGACCUGGGUCACCGGAGAACCUAUGCCCAGAGGGCCACCCUUCUGGGGGUCAACUGAUGGGUAAGAUUAUACACUCUCAUUA